AUGACAGGUGCAAUCGUUGUGCUUGGAGCGGCGGUGGUUGCUUUUUCGUCUCUCCCCGGCGUUGCGGCGGGCAAGAACAAGAAGGAGGAUGGAGGAGCGCAGUGUACGACGGAUGAGAAAACCGGCAAGAAAGUCUGCGGUACGCAGAGUGUACCUGGUACUCUCCCCAAGAGCGCCAAAAUAGCCAUCGCAGUCGUGACCAUCGCCGUUGUAUUCCUCAUCCUGCUGCUCAUCUUCUAUAUCCGAAGAAGCCGCAAGGCCUCGGCGGACGCAGCGAACGAAGUCGCGGUCGAGGCGAGCCAGGUUGAGGGGCCGCCUGCUAUACUGGCUGCGACGUAUACACCUGAGACGGGCCAUUCGAGGGUGUACAGCAUCGGUCCGGAUAGCGGUGGGUUCUCUGCUGUGCCGGUUACGCCUGCGCCCAAAGUUGUAGCGCCCUUGCCGACUGGUUCAGAGAGUCAUGGUAACCCUUGGGGUGCGCCGAGGACACCAGCGCAGCCGGUCGUGGAACCUGAGCAAGAGCGACCCAAGACCCCGGCGUUUCCGCCUCCUUCCCCUGCCGUGCUGAGCCGCUCGAAUUCGUUCUGCCGUUUCCCGACUACGCCUACGAGGUCGAGCAGUGUUCCGCAGACUGCACCUGCGCAUAAGGCGGGUUUUUCGGAGGGGGGAGGGUAUCCGUUUACUGGGUUUGGUUCCAGCAAUAACAGUAAUGGGGCAGGGUCUAAUUCUGGAUCGGGAAACCCGCCUAGGACGGCGUUCGUGUCUAACGGAGGGUUCCCGCGUCCGCUCCUUGCUGGUCGAUUGAAGGAUAGGAUUCGGGAGAGGCCGCCGUCUGUUUCGUCCAUCUCAAUUCAUAGUCCCAAGUAG